AUGUCACAACCUAGUAUGUCGUUCUUUCAAACUCGUUAACGGGCUAUUUACUCAGAAGUGAUUAACCCUGAAAACUCAGUGUUGUACUAAGUAAAUUUGAAUUGUUAUAUAACAGGACUUGUCAUAUUUGCCAGAUAUAACUUUGAAUACGACUAUGAAAUAAAGAGUGCCCAAGGCCUACUCGUUAAAGAAAACUACGAAUACGUCUAGAUUAUCUGGGGCACAUUCAAUUUAGAAGAGUAAUGGAAUCAAUAAUUAAUUAAGUCUCUGAGGAAUUGGUGGUGGAGCCUAAAGUGCUUGAACCAUAUGAGCCGAUUGGAGAUAACAUUCCAAGAAAAGUAGCAAUCAACAGAAAACAGAAGCUUUAUGCAUCAUUCAAUAUUCUGCAGUUAUUAGAUUAAGAAGUAUGGACAUCAAUUUCAAAUUUGUUAGGGUAUCGAUUUAAAUAUGACGAACCCGUAAGUCCAAUGGCUACCACUCGAAUUAUUUGAUGAUAAUUCUAAUGAUGAUUAUCCAAAUGAGGAUUGGAUUAAAAGAAGAGUGGAUGAGGAAGGUAGAAACAGAAAACUAUAUGCAAUUUGUUUGUUGAAAGAAGAUGGUAUUUAUGAAGCAAGAAGAUGUGAAAUAAUUGAAUACAGAGAUGGAUUAUUUUAUGGGAAAUUGAAAGAGAAGGAUGGAAGGGAUAUCAAGGCCCAUAGAUUGUAUAUUUGUUUUGAUGCUGAAGACCCUCGUAAAUUUGUUAAAAGAUUGGGGACAGCAUUGAAAAAUAGAGAACUUGCAGACAGCAGAGUAAGAUAUAAUUAUUUUAUCGAUGGAAUGCCAAUCCAAGAUUUAAGUGAAUUGGAUACAGAAUAAAAAAGAAGAUUGGAAUAAUUGGCUAAGACAAAGAAAUUAGAAAACUUAGAUACCACAGCUUUGAUUGCAGAAGUUAAUUAUGAUUAUAUGAGAACAAUGAAUAAAAUCAUUUUUGAUAGAUAUUUAGAAUAUGAAGAUGAAGAAUUGAAUUUAUAAAUAGAUGAAGAUAUAUCUAAAUAAGUACCUUAUUAUGGGAUGUUCCCAGUGAGUAAGGAGAAAUAAUUAGAGAUGUAUAACCCAAGGGAAAUCACUUAAAUUGAUCCAAAGAAUUUCAGAGAAACUUUCAAGGAUUUUUGUUUCAGCACUCUCUUUAUUAAAACUGAAGUGAUAAGAGCAUUAUAAGAGAUAAGAUAUGAAUGCAAUAAGAUGUAAGAAUUUGAGAUCUUCAAUUUCCAAAUAGACAAAGUGAUGGUUUUAGAAGAAUUUAAACAUGUGCAAGAGAGUUCAAUCUCAUAAAUGCUUUAUUCUUUAAGAGGGUCUUGGAUUUAGGAUUUAUUAAAAAUCAUGAAGACCUACUUUUCGGGAGUUGGCAAAGGAUGGUUUAACAUGAAGGAAUCAAAUAAGAUCACUUAUGAUUUUGGUAAAUUGAAAAGAUUCUUAACUGUUGUAAGAUUGAUGAUGUAGGAUACUGUACAGAGUUUAGUCGAAAACAAUUAUAAUAGAUUUGUUAAUUAUUUGAAAUCAUUCAUUCCUGACGAGGUCAAUGUGGAUGAUCCAUCCAAUAUCAUCAAUAAAUAUAAAGUAAUCGGAGUGAAACCAAUAUUUACAAUUGAUAUGAUUAAAACUAACGAUGAUAAAGAAUUUCUUUAUUCAACCUCUCCCAUGAAUUUUGUUAAUAUGAUCAUCCAGUUAUUUGACAAGACUCUUGAUGAAAUUACUAAGGUACCUGAUUUAGAACCUAAAUUACUUACUGACCUGUAUAAAUAGAAAACAGAUUCGUUCAUUAAAACUCCAGUGAAACCAAAGGAAAGACCAUAGACUCCAAAUCCAAAUGAAAGACCAAAGAAGUUCCCAGAUGAAAAUAAAUGGAUCUGGCUGUUGGUGGAACACAUCAGGGAAGAAUUGAUUAGAGGAAUUAAACCCUUGGAGGAUUAUCUAAAAAUAUUUGAGAAAUUCAAACCCAUUUUGUAGAUGAAUCCUGAUGAUGAAAUUAGAAGAAUUGAGAUGGAUGAUAAUCCUUGGGAAAUUGAUUAACUUAAAGAAGAAAUAUUCAAAUACAAUAAAAUGGAAGAAGAACUCAAAACUUAAAUUCCUGAUAUUGUAGAAGUUUCAAUAUUUUAAGUUUAAUGUAGAGAAAUUAAAAUGUAUUUGUGUGAGAAAUACUCCAUGAUUAGCAAAUUAUUGGUUGAUAUGAUAGCAAGGAGAGCAAGAAAGAAGACAAUGGAGAUCUUUUAAGAAUAUUAGAGAAUAUAGAAUAAAAUUAAAGAGAACCCUAAUAACAUUGAAAAAUUAACAGAUAUCAAAGAGUUUAUGUAAAAUUUACCCAAUGAAGUUGAUAAAUUGAAAAUAGAAACUUAGAAGUGUUUUGAUAUCUAUAAAAUAUUAGAUGAAUUUAGUUAUAGAGGAUUUUAGAAGGAAGAUUUGGAUAGAAAAUGGUAUGUAUUUGGAUGUCCCAAAGAUACUUUUGAUUUGGUAGCAAAAAGACAAAAAGAUAUGGAAAAGGAGAAAGUUAAAUUUUAAGAUGAAAUGAAAGUUUAAUAGGAAGAGUUUAAAGAGAGCAUUGAUAAUUUGGAAAGAACCAUCCAAAAUUUCAGUCAACAUCAAGCUUUGAAAAGUCAUGCUGAAAUUGCAUAAACUGCAUAAGAUGUUAAUAAAUACUUAGCAGAAUUCCAAGACUAAGCACGCAAGUUUAAUUCUCGAGAAGCCUUAUUUGAUUAAGAAUAAACUGAUUACAAUAAAAUCACUCUACUUUAAAGAGAAUUUCUACCCUACAGCAAUCUAUGGAUAACCACAAAUUAAUGGUUUACUAAUUCUGAAUCUUGGAUGAAAGAUGAAUUGCCAACAAUAGAUGCUGUUUCAGCUGAAAAAUGGGUGGAAGAAGCCAUCAGAAUUUUAACUGGUGUUUGCAGGUUUUUUAAGGAAAAAGAGCUCUAAGGAGUAUUAAGAAUUGCUACUUCAAUUAAGUAACAAAUUGAAGAGUUUAAACCAAAGGUUCCAUUAUUGGUUGCACUUCGUAAACAAGGGAUGAAGGAGAGACAUUGGUUAGAAUUGAAAAAUAGAAUUGGAUUUGUUAAACCUUAACCAGAAAGCGAGUUCACAUUUACAAAGGUAUUAGAAAUGGGAUUAAUGCAAAAUGUUGAAGUUUGUGUGGAAGUUGGAGAAAAGGCCCAAAAGGAAUACAUGAUUGAAACAAUGUUAGAUCAAAUGGAAACAAUGUGGGAAGGAAUAAACUUCUAGUUAUUGCCUUACAAAGCAAUUACAUUUAUCAUUAGAGGUUACGAUGAAAUUCAAUAAGUACUCGAUGAACAUAUUGUAAAUACUUAAGCUAUGUCUUUCUCGCCUUUCAAAGGUCCAUUUGAAGAUAGAAUCAAUAAUUGGAAUACAACUCUCAAAAUGACCUCAGAUGUAUUAGAAGAAUGGUGUAAAUGUUAAGCCUAGUGGAUGUAUCUCUAACCUAUUUUUGAUUCACCAGAUAUUGCAAAAUAAUUACCUGCAGAAACUAAGAAAUUCAAAACAGUUGAUUAAACUUGGAAGCAUACAAUGACAUAAGCAAAGACAUACGCUCAAGUCUUACGAGUUUGUACUUAGGAAGGCUUACUGGAAAGAUUGUAGGAAGCAAAUAAAAAUUUAGAAAUCAUUUAAAAAGAACUUAACAAUUAUUUGGAAAAGAAAAGAGAAAAAUUUGCAAGAUUCUAUUUCCUAUCUAAUGAUGAUUUACUUGAAAUCUUAUCACAAACUAAAGAACCAACUGCAGUUUAGCCACAUUUAAGAAAGGUUUUUGAAAAUAUCAACUCAAUAGAAUUUGAUGAUGCAAAGAAGAUUCAUGCAAUGUAUUCAGCUGAAGGUGAAAAAGUAGGAUUUGUUAAAGUUUUAGACCCAAAUAAAAAAAAUGUUGAAGAUUGGAUGGGAGAAGUUGAAGAUAUGAUGAAAUUGAGUGUGAGAUAGGCAUUAAUAAAUAGUGUUUCUGAUUAUCAAGUGAAACUAAGACAUGAGUGGGUGUAAUUACAUCCUGGAUAGUGUGUUUUGAAUGGUUCUCAGAUUCUUUGGACAAAAGAAGUGGAGCAAGCUAUAAAAAGCAAUAGUGUUAUGGAAUAUUGGGAGAAAACUUUGAAAGCUUAAAUCAAUAAACUGGUUGAAUUAGUAAGAACCAAAUUAACUAAGUAAUAACAAACUACUAUCAAUGCAUUAAUUGUUAUUGAUGUUCAUGCAAAGGAUGUUGUGGAAAAAUUAUUUAAAGAAAAUGUUACUGAUGUCAGUGCUUUUGAAUGGAUUAGUUAGUUGCGAUAUUAUUGGGAAAAUGAGGAUUGUUUUGUUAAAUGUGUUUAAACAAAUUUCCCAUAUGGUUAUGAGUAUUUGGGAAACACUCUAAGAUUAGUGAUCACCCCUUUAACAGAUAAGUGUUAUAUGACUUUGAUGGGUGCCUUAAAAUUAAAUUUGGGAGGUGCUCCUGCAGGACCAGCAGGUACUGGAAAAACAGAAUCAACUAAAGAUUUAGCAAAAGCAUUAGCUAAAUAAUGUGUUGUGUUUAAUUGUUCUGAUUCGAUGGAUUAUUUAAUGGUUGGUAAAUUCUUUAAAGGAUUAGCAAGUGCAGGUGCAUGGUGUUGUUUUGAUGAGUUUAAUAGAAUUAAUAUUGAAGUGCUAUCUGUGAUUGCAUAAUAAUUAUUGGUAUUGUUUGGAGAGAAGGCAAAAGGAACUCCACAAAUAGAAUUUGAAGGAUCAAUUAUUAAAAUCUAACCCACUUUUUCAGUUUUUAUUACAAUGAAUCCUGGUUAUGCUGGAAGAACUGAAUUGCCUGAUAAUCUAAAAGCCUUAUUCAGAGGUGUAGCUAUGAUGGUUCCAGAUUAUGCUUUGAUUGGAGAAAUUAUGUUUUAUUCAUUUGGAUUUGAAUUGGGAAGAGAAUUGGCUAAAAAGAUGGUUGCAACAUUUAAAUUGAGUUCAGAAUAAUUAAGUUCUCAAGACCAUUAUGAUUAUGGAAUGAGAGCUGUUAGAUCAGUUAUUAAUGCUGCUGGUAUUUUGAAAUAAUAAAAUCCCAAUAUGGAUGAAGAGUAACUAUUAUUAAGAGCAUUGAGAGACGUUAAUGUUCCUAAAUUCUUAAAGGAUGAUCUUCCUUUGUUUGAGAAUAUUAUUAAUGACUUAUUCCCUGGAGUUGAAAAGCCAGUGUAUUCUUAUGGAGAUUUAUUGGAAGACUUAAACAUUUGUUGUUAAUAGUAGAAUUUAUAAAAUGUAAAGGUGUUUAUUGAUAAAUGCUUAUAACUAUAUGACACAAUCUAAGUUAGACAUGGGUUGAUGUUGGUAGGUCCAACUGGAGGUGGUAAAACAUCUACAAUUACAACUUUACAAAAGGCUAUGUCAUGUAAACUGAAGGUACAUACUCAUAUAUUAAAUCCAAAAUCUAUAACAAUGGGUUAAUUGUAUGGUCAAUUUAAUGAAUAAACUCAUGAAUGGACAGAUGGUGUCUUAGCUUAUAUAGUGAGAGAAACAGUAAAAGAUGAAUCAGGUGAGAAACAUUGGGUUGUUUUUGAUGGACCUGUAGAUGCCUUAUGGAUUGAAUCCAUGAAUACUGUGCUAGAUGAUAAUAAGAAAUUAUGUUUAAACUCUGGGUAGAUCUUAACAUUAACCCCAUACAUGACUAUGAUGUUUGAAGUAGAAGAUUUAGCAGUAGCAUCACCAGCUACAGUCAGCAGAUGUGGUAUGGUUUAUAUGGAACCAGAGGCAUUAGGAUAUCAAGUAUUGAUUGAUUCCUGGAUCAAUAGAUUACCAGAAACUAUCUUAGUUAAAAGUAAAAUAAUCAAGAACAAACUAAUAAACUGCUUUAAAUAGUAUCUUGAUCCAACGAUUGAAUUCUUAAGAAAAUCAAUUAUAGAGAUAGUCACAUCCUCGAAUAAUAAUUUAGUGUAAUCUUUAAUGAGAAUUCUUGAUUGCUAUUUGGCCUAAUAUGUAGAUACAGAAUUAAAGAAGAUAAUGGUGGAGGAAAUGGAAUAAUUGGAGGCUGCCUUAGAGAAAUUGUUCUUCUUUUCACUUACUUGGUCAAUUGGUGCAACUGGAAAUAAUAGAUAAGGAUUUAAUGACACUUUAAAAUCCUUGGCAAAAUUUGAUAAACCAGAAGAUUUUUAUGAAGUUUAUCUUGACAUUCCAAACAAUACAUUCAUUCCUUGGAAUCAAAUGUAUCAAAAUUUUAGUAUUGAUUCUAAAUUAGCAUACCAUGAGAUCAUGAUUCCAACUGCAGAUUCAACUAGAAAUAUGUACUUAUUGAAAUUACUAUUGUCAAAUAAUAAAAAUGUUCUUAAUCCUGGACCUACAGGAACUGGAAAGACUCAGAAUAUCUUUAGCCUUCUAACCACUGGAAUGGGAGAUGAUUUCUUAUAUAUAGCUCUAACUUUCAGUGCAUAAACAUCAGCCAAUUAAACGUAGGAUACAAUAGAUUCCAAGUUAGAGAAAAGAAGAAAAGGUGUUUUUGGUCCUCCAAUCAGACAGAGAAUGAUUAUCUUUGUAGAUGAUUUAAAUAUGCCAAAGAAAGAAUAAUACGGUGCAUAACCACCAUUAGAAUUACUUAGAUAAUAUUUGGAUUACAAAGGUUGGUAUAAUAGAAAAGAACUAUCUUUUAUGAAAAUUGAAGAUGUUAUUAUUCUUGCUGCUAUGGGUCCUCCUGGAGGUGGUCGUACAUUUAUUAGUAAUAGAGUAGUCAGACAUUUUAAUGUGAUAGCCUAUAAUGAACUCAGUAAUAAUUAUAUUUCAGAGAUUUUCAGUUCUCUGAUUACAUUCUUCUUAAAAAGAUUCAAUGAACCUAUUAAAAACUCGAUUCAAACUUUGGUUUAAAGUGUGUUAACAUUUUAUUAAUAAGUAAGAUCAACAAUGUUGCCAACUCCAGCUAAAUCUCAUUAUACCUUCAAUCUAAGGGAUAUUUGGAGAGUGUUUCAAGGUAUAAGUUCAGCUGCUCCAAAGACAACUCCAGAUGUAGUGGCAUUAGUUAAGAUAUGGUAUCAUGAGAAUUUGAGAGUAUUUCAUGAUAGAUUGACAACCGAAGAGGAUAGACAAGAACUAAAGAACAUGUUAAAGAUUGGAUUUACAUAGUUUGGAGUCACUUCUGAAUAGGUAUUAGAUUCAGAAAGAAUAAUCUUCGGAGAUUUCAUGUAAUCCCGAGAUGCAGAUAUCAAAGUAUAUUAAUAGAUUCCAGAUCUUCAUUAACUAGUGAAUAGAAUGGACAAUUAUUAAGAAGAUUAUAAUUCUGAUAACACAUUUAUAAUUGGUGGAUCCAAAAAGCAAAUGAGAUUGGUUAUGUUUGUGGAUGCAACUGAACACAUAUCAAGAAUAGCCAGAAUCAUAAGAUAGCCCUAAGGUAAUGCACUGUUACUGGGAGUUGGAGGUAGUGGUAGAUAAUCUCUGUCUAGAAUGGCUACUUUUGUCACAAACUAUAAGUUAUUCUAAAUUGAAGUUAUCAAGAAUUACUCAAUGAGGAGUUGGAGAGAUGAUGUGAAAAAAGUAUUGAUGAUAGCUGGUAUUGAAAAUAAGCCAGUAACUUUCUUGUUUUGUGAUACUCAAAUAAUUAAUGAAUAGAUGUUGGAAGAUUUGAACAAUGUCCUAAACUCUGGUGAUGUUACUGGAAUAUAUUAAGAGAAAGAUUUUGAGGAUAUUACUUAAGCAUGCAAGUAAGAAUGCAUUAAGAGACAAAUACCCCCUACUAGAAUGAAUAUAUUUACAUAGUAUUUGAUUAGGGUGAAGAAGAAUAUCCAUUUAAUUAUUGCUAUGUCACCAUUGGGAAGUCAAUUUACUACUAGAUUGAGAAUGUUCCCAUCUUUGGUAAAUUGCUGUACAAUUGACUGGUUUACUGAAUGGCCAGAAGAAGCCUUGAUAGGUGUUGGAAAGGGACAAUUGGCAGAUUAUGAAUAAGAAUUAGCAAUCGAAGGCAAGAUACCAGUUUUGGUUGAAAUGUUCAAGAAUCUUCAUAAAAGUGUAGAGAAAUUGUCUCAGAAGUUCUUGGCUGAAUUGAGAAGAUAUAAUUAUGUUACUCCAACUAGUUAUUUAGAAUUGCUAUAAUUAUAUAGAACAAUAUUAUCAGACAAGAGAAGAGAUCUCAAUCAAUAGAUACAGCGUCUCAAAGGAGGAUUGGAUAAGUUGAUAGCUGCUAACGAUGCAGUGGAAGAGAUCAAAAUAACUUUGAAGGAUAUGCAGCCAAAACUAGAAUAAGCUAGUAUUGAUACAAUUAAAAUGAUGGAGAAGUUGAAGGUGGAUAAAUAGGAAGCAGAUGAUACAUAAAAGAUAGUUGCCAGAGAGGAAUCAGAAGCUACUAAACAAUAGGAGGAAGCUACUCAAUUGGCUGCAUAAGCAGAAGCAUCUGUGGCUGAUGCAAACAAAACAUUAGAAUUGACAAUUGCUGAAGUCUAGAAAUUGAAAAAGGAACAUCUAGUGGAAAUUAAGAGUUUGGGAUCUCCACCUAAUGCUGUCAAAGUCACUUUAGCAGGUGUGGUUAUAUUGAUGCAAGAUUAUAUUAAAUAAAAUGGAGGUGAAAUUAUAUUGACAAUGAAAGAAGGAUAAAUUGGAGGUAAAAAAGAAGAAAACUUUUUCGAAACUGCAAGAAAGUAUUUGUUAAGUGAUCCACAAAAAUUAUUAGAAUAAUUAUUAAAAUAUGAUAAGGAUUCUACUAAUCCUGCUCAUAUCAAAAAGUUGGAAGAGAAAGUCAUACCUCAACCAGAAUUUAAUAUUGAUGCAGUCAAGAACUGUUCUUUUGCUACCAAGUUCUUGUAUAUGUGGGUAAAGGCUAUGUAUGACUAUUAUCGAGUUUAUACUGAAACAAAACCACUCAGAGAUCAAUUGGUUGCUAUGAGGAAGAUUGUGGAAGAAAAAACAGCAGAACUCAAAAUAAAGAAAGAGGAAUUAGAAAAAGUUAAUGCAAAAAUAAGAGAAUUGGAAGAGAUGUAUAAUCAAAAGAUAUUAGAAAAAGAGGAUCUCUAAAAUAAAAUGAAAGAAUGCGAAAUCAAAUUAGAAAGAGCCUAGAAAUUAACUGAAGGAUUAUCAGAAGAAAAGGAAAGGUGGGGUAGAGAUAUUAAGUCUUUGUAAGCCAAAGUAGAAUUACUCCCAGGUGAUUCAAUUGUAGCUGCAGGUAUGGUUGCAUACUCGGGUCCUUUCACUUCCCAUUAUAGAACAUAAAUGGAAGGAGAUUGGGUGUUGAAAUUAGGAGUUGUAGGAGUAGCACAUUCUGAAGGGGUCACAAUGAGACAAUUCCUUGGAGAUGGAGUGAAGAUUUAAGCAUGGAAUAUUGCUGGAUUACCGAAAGAUGAUACUUCAACUGAAAACGGAAUUAUUAUUGAUAAAAGUAGAAGAUGGUGUUUGAUGAUUGAUCCUUAGAAUUAAGCUAAUAAAUUCAUCAAAAAUAUGGGAAGAGAUAAUGCUGAGGGUAUUGAUGUGGUUAAAAUAUCAGAUGUUAAUUUGAUGAGAACUCUAGAAUUAGCUAUUUAAUUUGGAAAAUGGGUUUUAUUAGAAAAUGUUGGCAGAGAAUUAGAUCCUUCAUUGGAACCUAUUCUCAAUCAACAACUAGUCAAAUCAGGCACUUCAUUUACUAUUACUAUAGGUGAUAAAUAACUAACUUACAAUGAAAAAUUCAAGCUAUAUCUUACAACAACUAUUCCCAACCCUCACUACUCUCCUGAAACAUUUGUUAAAGUUACUAUCAUCAAUUUUGCCAUUACAGCCAGUGGAUUGGAAGAAUAAAUGCUUGCAUAAAUUGUAGCUCUUGAAAACCCUGCUUUGGAAUAAAAGAAGAUUGAAAUUGUUAAGAAAAAUGCUGCAGAUAAGAAACAAUUAUUAGCUAUUGAAGAUUCCAUUCUCAAAUCUCUUUCAGAUUAAAAAGGAGAUAUCUCAGAAAUCCUAUUAGAUGAAACUCUUAUUAAUAAGUUGCAAACUAGUAAAAGAUUUGCAGCUGAAAUCAACUAAAGAGUUAAGGAUUCUAAAAUAACAGAAGCAUAAAUUGAUGAAGUUAGAGAAUCCUAUAGACCUGUAGCAUUCAGAUCCUCAUUGUUAUUCUUCUGUAUCACUGAUCUAGCUAAUAUUGAUCCUAUGUAUUAAUAUUCUCUCUAAUGGUUUACUAAACUAUUUGUCUUGGGAGUUGAAAAUGCCUAACCAUCUUCAGUAAUUGAAGAAAGACUGAAGAAUUUAAAUGAUUACUUCACUUAUUCGCUUUAUGAGAAUAUCUGCAGAUCAUUGUUUGAAAGACACAAGUUAUUGUUUUCAUUUAUGCUUUGUGUUAAAAUUUUAUAAGGAGCAUAAAUGAUGGAUGAAAAACAAUGGAGAUACCUUCUAGCAGGUCCUUAAGGAGAUAUUAAGAUUGCUCAUAAUCCAACUGCUUGGAUUUCUGAUAAUUCUUGGCCUGACAUAUACAGAUAGAUGAAAGGAAUGUCAACUCUUGAUGCUUUCAAAGGUUUUGAUCAGUUUUUCUUGGAUAAUUCAGAUUAAUUUAAAGGAAUUUGGGAUUCUUCUUAACCGUAAAAAGAAUAGUUGCCUGAACCUUGGUAAGGAUAAUUGACUUAAUUUGAGAAAUUAAUCUUCUUAAAAGCUCUAAGACCUGAUAAAUUAGUGCCUGCAAUUUAAGAUUACAUAGAUUAAUAAUUAAGUCCCAAAUUUACUAUUCCUCCUACUUUUGAUUUGGAGAAAUGUUACAAGGAUUCCUCCCCAAUGUCACCUCUAAUUUUUGUGUUAUCAGCAGGUAGUGAUCCAGUUGCAGACUUUCUUAAAUUUGCAGAAGAGUAAAAUAUGGCCAAAAGAUUUGAUUCCAUAUCUUUGGGAUAAGGUCAAGGGCCAAAGGCAGAGAGAAUGGUUAAAGAUGCAAUUCAAAGAGGAGGUUGGGUGCUCUUAUAAAAUUGCCAUUUAGCCAUAUCUUGGAUGAGUGAUUUGGAGCGUAUUUGUGAAGAAUUGAAUGAAAAUAUUCAUAAAGACUUUAGAUUAUGGCUAACCUCAAUGCCUUCUAAUUCAUUCCCAAUUCCUGUCUUGUAGAAUUCAGUUAAAAUGACAAUUGAACCACCAUAAGGAAUUAGAGCUAAUUUGAUGAGAACAUAUAAGAACUUGGAUGAUAAGGAAUUGAGUGAUUGCACAAAAUAAGACAUUUUUAAAAAGCUACUCUUUGGAUUUUGUCUGUUCCAUGCAAUUAUUUAAGAUAGAAGAAAGUUUGGUGCAAUUGGAUGGAAUAUCCCAUAUGAAUUUACAAAUGAAGAUCUAACAGUCUGCAAAAGACAACUUAAAAUGCUAUUAGAUGAGUAUGACAAGGUACCAUAUAAAGUAAUUCAAUAUUUGGGUGCAGAAAUCAAUUAUGGUGGUAGAGUUACUGAUGAUAAAGAUGUCAGAUUGAUAAAGACAAUUAUCAAGAAAUACAUCUGUCAUGAAGCUUUAAGAGAUGGAUAUAAGUUUUCAGAAUCAGGAAUCUACGUUUCUUUAGCUUCAACCAAUUAGGAAGGAUAUCUUAAUUACAUAGAGUAACUUCCUUUAAAUCCUGAUCCAGAGGCAUUCGGAAUGCACGAAAAUGCUGAAAUUACUAAUUCUUAGAAUACAACAAGAGUGCUAUUAGAAACUGUACUCUCCAUUUAACCAAGGCAAUCAUCUGGUACUGGAAAAUCAAGAGAAGAAACUAUCGAAGAGAUUGCCACCUUUGUUUAGAGUCGCACACCAGAAGUUUUACCUUUUGAUGAUAUUUUCAAGAAAUACCCUACUUCCUAUGAAGAAUCCAUGAACACUGUGUUGGUUCAAGAGGUUAUUAGAUAUAAUAGGUUAUUGGCAACAAUGAAGGAAUCCUUGAUCAAUGUUAAAAAGGCUCUAAAAGGUCAGAUUGUCAUGUCAGACGAACUUGAAAGUCUUGCCAACUCACUAUUUGAUAAUUAGGUUCCUCUAAUGUGGGCUGAUAAAGGAUUUCUCUCUUUAAAGCCUCUUUCUAGUUGGACCAAUGAUCUCUCAGCAAGAAUUAACUUCCUGUAAUCUUGGGUUGAUAAUGGAACUCCAAAGGUCUUCUGGAUUAGUGGUAACUCAUUUGUUCAUAAUCUUAGGUUUCUUCUUCCCAUAAGCGUUUCUCACUGGAUCAUUACAGAACUAUGCUAGAAGACAUGUGAUUGCCAUAGAUAAACUGAAUUAUGAAUUUAAGAUCCUUGAUACUCUUUCACCAUAAGAUAUAGAAGAGAAACCAGAAGAUGGAUGUUAUGUUUUCGGUAUUUCAUUGGAGGGAAUAAGAUGGGAUUACAAGAAACACUUUAUUACUCAUCCUAGACCAAAGGAAUUGUAUUCGGAAUUGCCAUUAGUUUGGUUAUUACCUUGUAUAGAGAAGGAGUAUCCAAAAGAUCUAGUUAUUUAUUAAUGUCCACUUUAUAAAGUAGUUUCAAGGUAUUUAAAACUCUUAUUUCUUUAGAGCUGGAACCUUGAGUACCACUGGACAUUCAACCAACUUUGUCACUUUUCUUGAGCUUCCAUCCAAAGAUUCUGAAGAGCAAUGGAUAAGAGCAGGUGCUGCAGCAUUCUUAUCAUUAAGAUAUUGAAUAAUAUAUAUAAACAGAC